CACUCGCACUUGUUGCGUGUCGCUGACUCAGAUUCGUGCAGAUAAGGUCUUCAGUCACCCGAAGACUCAAACGAUCCCCGUCGCCGUCAUCAUGCCAGGGGGGAUGCUGCGCGUGUGUCUGCUCGUGUCCGUCGUUUUCACAAAGGCAUGGGGCUUGAAGAUUCAGAACAAGCUGAUAGGCAAAUGUCUGCAGGUGCAGGAAGGAGUUUGGGGAGGUAGAGUGUCCCUGGGGGAAUGCAGCCCACAUUCACCCGUACAGGAAUGGAGUUGGCUGCCGGACAGCCAGGCCCUCAGCAGUCACCACACGGCCGAGUGUCUGACUGCAUCGGGAGAGCAGUACGAAGGUGUCCACCUGCAGCGGUGCCUCUCGAGGGCGGAGGGGGCCGAGACCGGUGACGGAGCGGCAGCAGUGGACGCGGGCAGUGAGGCAAGCAGUCAGGCGUGGUCCUGUUCCAAGAAGGGCCACCUCACUUUGACGGGGAGGGGUCUGCACCUCAGUGCCACUCCACAGUCCACUUUGGUCUUCCUUUCACGGGAACAUAAACAGCAGGGCAGCAGGUGGCGGACACUUGACAACCAGACAUUGUGCAAUGGAAAAGAUAGCAAACAUAGCCAACACCAAGACCAAUCCCACUUCUAUGUGGGAAAAUCACUGGAGCCUCCGAGUGCCAUCUCUGAUGUACACAGAGAGGCUGAACCAUUCGAAGGUAAAAUGGACGUCGGGGUCACAGAAACGUAUCCUGUCAUCAAUGGGACUCUUUCGCCCCUGAGCACCAAAUCCCCUGCGGAUCCCACUAUGAUUUUCUUCAGCAUGGACUAUGGGAUGGCCUGGAAGAUAACCAUGCUGGUGCUAAGCUCUCUGGCUCUGGUCCUGGGGACUGUGAUUCUUAUCCUAAAUGUUUACUCCAACAGAAGGAGGAAGGUGGUGUGUGUUUUGAAGUCGUACACUGUGAGACCAGAGAUGAGUGUUCCUGGGUCCCCCGUGCCCAGUGAAAGGGCCCCACUGACGGAGCACGCCAUGCGCCUCCCCCACUCCACCCCCACUUUUCAACGGGGGGAGAUCCUGAUCGAGUGGAAGGACGGCACUGUCACACCACUGUACGAGGCCUGAAGGUUGUGCUGCGUACGAAGAUUUGGACGUGUGGGUGCGGGAUAUACAUGUUGUCUCUCUGAAUGUGGCCGAAGAGGGGGGGAAAAAUCCGAAAAACAAAAGGCAAAAUGAGGCUUCAGACUGUUGGCAUCAGAAAGACACUGAGCUAAGUAAAGUCCAUGGCUCAAAGACAGAGCAUUUCUGCGAGGCUUAUCUGCCAGAGGAAGAUAAAAGCUGCUGCGAAGCUGCCAAAACAGAGAAAAAUGAGUAUGAGCUGGGCUAUGAGCUUUCAAAAAUACUGAGUCCCACUGAAUAAAUGUUUGAGCAGUCAGCCACUGUUCCAUCUCACUGUUUGCAGAUCUACUUUAAGCACCGCGCGAGGGCUCAACACGUCAAGCAAUAGCUUAGGCCUUUAGUUGGAUAAAUACGUAAGAAACUAAACUUUGUUUGAGUAUCUGAUCGCGUUGUCCCAGUUCGAUGUUGGACAGCGUCAUGCUCAAGUGUACCUUUACAUCUUUGCUUCAUUUUAGAGAAUUUAAAUGUAUCUGGAGUCCAUCUCUGAUCUCUAGUUGUGUCUGAUUCUACACAACAUAGCUGAGCAACAGCAGCUAAGGUCUGACACACCUUAGCUGCUGAGGCUUAAUAUAGGGAUUAAUAAGGUAAUGUAGUGGAGUUGUGUUGCAAGAAACACUGUUUGGUGAAAGUUGUUUUCCUACACAUGAUUCAGUAUUAUAAUUUACCUUGUACUCUGGGCUAUAUAAGGUGUUUCAGUAGGAAAUGUUAACCUAGUUUACUAAGAAAAGGUUGAUAGUGUGACAGGAAAAUUGAGUGCUAUUCAUUUUGUAAUGCACUUCGCUUUGAUACUGACCUUACAUCAUCAUUUGUAUGAUUUAAAUUGUCAAUUUACUGUUUGUUAUAUACAAUGGACCUGAUUUUGAGAGUUUAUCCUUGACCUUCCUAUCAGCAUUUGACAAAACAACCUCUCCACUCAAUGGCCGAUUACUAGCUUUUUCUGGAGCCUUCUUCUGUGUUACACAGUCUUCAUUAGCAUUUUAAGUUGGCUGAUCAGUAAUUGAAAAGCUUUUUCUGAUCUUCUAGAAGCAGACGCCUCCUGGUUGUAAACAAUAUCUUUUGACGUUCUUGUCAAUCUUAAAGAGUUCACAGUGACGAUGGUGCGAUGUGGUUGAAAGCUCCAGAGCCAGGUUCGGUGUUUUGUCUGCCGUCAGUGAUUUUUUCGUUUGUUUUCGUAUGUGGCAACCUGCUGCACCGCCAAUUUGUGCUAAAUUUGUUGUUUGUUUUUUAAACUAAAAAUCCUUUAAAAACCAUAAACUAAUAAAAUUUCAUUCUGCAUCUA